UUUACAAUAUUCCAAAAAGAAAUUAACUGGUGAAUUUCCUCUUUAUAGUAAGUCAAAAUUCCUUCCGUCGGCGGCCGUCAUCCGCCGACGUCAUCCCGUCGCCGGAAGGAACGCUGGUGAAAACAUCUCCACGGGAUCUGUAGAUACACAAAUUUCAGACAGAAUUGCAUUUGAUAGAUUGCAAAAAAGUGCAAAGAGGAGGAGAGAAAGCAGGAAAUUGGAAUCAUGAUAACGCGAUCGAAUUUGGCGGAGCAGCUGAGAGAGUAUCAGAUUCGAUCAAAGCACGAUUGGGCUUCCGUCUCCUUCUUUUCCUCCACCUCUAAUCUCACAUCUACAGCUUCAAGGGCGGAUGUCGUGAUGUUUGUAAUUUGUGAACUGGUUAUCUUGGCACUCCUGGUUUUCUCAGUAGUUUCAUUGUACUUCACACAUCUAAAACUUGCAUUUAUCUUAGUAAGUUCUAGCUUGCUAUUGCUUGUAUGCGUGACAAUUGCAAAGCAAGUUACAGAAGCCAGGAAGAAGAAGCGAAGAAUGCUUCUUCCAUUAUCAAUGUAGAAAUGUGCGAUGAAAAAUCUUUUUGCUAUGCCCAACCUAUAUUUUAAUGUGAAAUGUCAACUUAUAAUUUUGUCCUUUUUUUUUUCCUUUUCUGAAUUCCUUUUGACACAAGUAAUUGUAGUAGAGGCAAGCUGAUUAAUUGGUGCAGAUUUUGAGAUCAUUUGACAUCAGAGCUGUUAUUUUUGUUAUAUACUUCAUAGGUGUCUGGGCUUGUUGAUAAAGCUUCAUGUAAGUUUAGCCUCAGUCCUGAAAUGUAAUUCUCGUGUACCUUCAUACUUAAAUCUCUAUUUAGUCUUACAUUUUAUCGUCACGAAGGCAUUUGUUCUGUCAA